AUGGAAAUGACCCUUGAGGGAAGCAAUUCUGCAGAGACAUUUCCACCCUGGGAUGGCGUCGCCAGAUUACACCUUCCUGUUACAGGAAAUUUGGCAAUUUGGUGGGACAACUACUACUUUUUUUUUCUGACUUCAUUCAACACUCAAUUACAUUUAUAA